CCUGUGUGCAAGAGAGAAAUCUGAUUCAAGUGAAAAUCAUAAUGUAUGCUAAGAGGUGCAAUUGUUUGAUGUCGCAGAGAAAAUUACUUUUAUUGUGAAAUGUCCAGUUAAGGCAGAAUGCGACACAGGAAGAUCCGCAUUACGACUGCUGGUGAAGUGUUGCCAUAACAGGUGUUGUUGUUUUGUGUGUGAGUGUUCCAGUCCAAACCAUGGAACAGUGCGCGUGUGUUGAGCGGGAGCUGGAGAAAGUGCUUCAUCGCUUUGUAAUGUAUGGCCACCAGUCUGAGGAGAGGCUAGACGAGCUCCUGCACAGUGUCUGUGAGAUACGAGGACAGCUAGUGGCUUUUGGAGUACAAGAUGCAGACUUAUCAGUCCUAUCCCAGACUAUGGCACAGUGUUGUAAGAAUAUCAAAGAAACAGUUCAGAUGCUAGCCUCCCGACAUAAGGACAUCCAUGGCAGUGUGUCAAAAGUGGGCAAAGCCAUUGACAGGAAUUUUGAUGCAGAGAUCAGUGCCGUGGUGGCAGAGACGGUGUGGGACACCCCAGAGAGACAGAAAUACCUGAGUGAGACCAUUGUGGAACACCUGUACAGACAAGGGAUGCUCAGUGUAGCAGAGGACCUUUGUCAGGAGUCUGGUGUAGUUAUAGAUAUGAGUAUGAAGCAGCCUUUCCUGGAGCUGAACAGAAUCCUUGAAGCUCUGAGGAUGCAGGACCUCAGGCCAGCACUAGAGUGGGCUGUGACGAAUCGGCAGCGCCUUUUGGACCUGAACAGCAGUCUAGAGUUCAAGUUGCACCGCUUGUACUUCAUCAGCCUGCUCAGUGGGGGAAUCGGCAACCAAAUGGAGGCCCUGCAGUAUGCCAGGCACUUCCAGCCCUUCGCCUCUCAGCACCAGAGAGAUAUUCAGAUUCUGAUGGGUAGUCUGGUGUACCUGCGUCAUGGCAUUGAUAACUCUCCGUACCGCAGUCUGCUGGAGACAAAUCAGUGGGCCGAGAUCUGUAACAUCUUCACCAGGGACGCCUGCGCUUUACUGGGUCUCUCUGUAGAGUCUCCACUCAGUGUUAGUUUUGCAUCAGGCUGUAUGGCCUUGCCAGUGCUGAUGAACAUCAAGCAGGUGAUCGAGCAGAGACAGUGCAGCGGAGUCUGGACGCACAAAGAUGAGCUGCCUAUUGAAAUCGACCUCGGGAAGAAGUGCUGGUAUCACUCUGUGUUCGCCUGCCCGAUCCUCAGGCAGCAGACCUCAGAGAGCAAUCCUCCCAUGAAGCUCAUCUGUGGCCACGUCAUCUCCAGAGAUGCCCUCAACAAACUGACUAAUGCUGGAAAGUUGAAAUGUCCGUACUGCCCCAUGGAGCAGAAUCCGUCACAUGCCAAGCAGAUCUACUUUUGAUACCGCACACUUUCUUCAUGAGUAAGGAUGAAGUUCCCUGGAGCUCUUUGCAUUUCCAGGACCAUUUGCUCUGGCCCUUUUUCCUCUGUCCCUGGCCUCUUGGCCUGUUAUUAUAAGCAUUAAGGUUUUAUCCCAGUGCUCCUUUGGACAGCCUUGGCCAUCCCGUAACCCACCUCGGACCCUCCAACUUUGCGUAGUAUACAGAGUCCAGCGAGGAUGGUCCAACUACAGCCUGUAGUAGAGUGAGGAGUCUGUCAGUAAUGAGAACAUCCUCACGAAGAAGCACCUCUUAAAAAGGUUCAUUCAUUGAAACUCAUUUGCAAAUGCCUGCAGAGUUAUAGGCGUAUCUUUUUAAAGUAAGUAAUACUUUAUAGUGUUUGUUUUUCUCUGCUUUAUCGACUGAGUUGGAUGACUGCUUCUUUUUCUUUUUCUUUUUUUUUUUUUUUUUUUUUUGUGACUGAAGCAGUUGAAUGAUUAUGGAUGGGUGAGUGUGGGUAAAUGGUAUAGAUAGGCAGUUUCUGAUUUCAGAAUGGUAAUAAACUUCUAUUAUACAUGAGGAAAAACCACAGGAAAACAAACUGUGUUGAAGGUUUAUUUGCUGGUGAAGGGAACUGUGGAGGUCUCUCUUGAAUUGAACUCUUGAUUGUGACCCAUUGCUCCUCCAUAAUGUAAUAAAGGCCUCACGUAGCUUGAAAGUCACUGUUGGCUGAUGUAUCUGUUUGACCAGUAAAACAAUUAACUCACAAUGGUGGAACAGCAUUUUUAUUUCCUCUUUAUUUUUUUUUUGGGACUGACUGCACCAGCAAGAUUUUCCUCAUUGUAGAAGCCAUUUGUCUUGUUCUAUGUAUGUAUUUAACAAACAGUGACAAAAAGGAAACAAAAAAUAUAUACUACUGUGAAAUGUGCUUUGUUUCUAUUUUUCAUUGCAACCGCCACAACGGCUCAUGUAAAAUAAAGUGAAUUAAACUGAA